ACACACACACAAAAACAUUACCAGGUCUUUUCAUAACUGACCAGAUGGAAUCAUCAAAGCAUUGGAGCGUCACUGCCCUCCCAGGGAGCUGAAGACAGAAGAGGUGCUCCACUUUGGGAAAGGCAUUCCAGAAUGUGGAGCCCAGUGGAAACCCACGCACACACCGGACACCGGAUUUUCCCACACUCCAGCCAAGCCCGGCAGAUUCUCACAUCAGGAGGAACCACUUGUCGGAAUCCACUUUUCACACCUCAAGGUUUUGACUAUUACAAGUAAAGCUGCUAUGAACAUUCAUGUACAAGUUUUUGUGUGGACAUAAGGUCUCGUUUCUCCAGGAUAAAUACCCAGGACUACAAUUGCUGGGUCGUAUGAAGGCGCAUGCCCCAGGUAACCGCUGCUCCUUUAGCCUGGGCCCUGGAAUGAGAGACACACAGAGCAGACCUGAACCGCACCCACGGCCUGAAAUAGAGCCAUCACAGCCAGCGUGCAGAACCAUGGGAAAAAAGUAAGUGUUGUUAUAAGCCAUUGCCAUUUGGGGCACGUUUGUUAUGCAUGUUAACACAGCAAAAACUAUGAAUAUAGGUUCUCUCUGUUACAGUAUCAGAGCUCAUAUUAUAAAACAAGGAAUGAAAGUCGUCCCUUGACUCUCAUGACACAGAGGUGUCUGGUGAGCUCAGGGAGAGUUGCCUCAGUGGAGUAGUGAGGACAAAGGCAGACUGAGCAAGUUGAGCAGCGAGCGAGAGGUAAGGAGACAGGGCCGUGUGUGCAGGCAGCUCUUUAGAGAAGUUAGGCUGGGAUGGGGAGGGGAGAGCUGGGGUAGGGCUGGAGGGCAAGUGGAGGCCAGUGGCAGCCGUGCAGACUCGCUGCUCAGAUCUCCCCUGGAGAUAGAACUUGCUGAUGUGCCACGAGGAAUGCAGUCAGCCGACAGCCUCCAGGUGUAGCACCUUCCAGAUCUACUGCAGCACUGGAGCCAAAGCCACACUCUUCCUCUGCAUCCCUCAGCCAGUGACGGAACGUGGUAGGGACACUAGGGCCUGGCCAUUUCUACCCUAAGGACCCAACUGACACAGGUUGUAACGAUUUUCUGUUGCUUGCUUUUAAUGACAGAAACAGGGUAUGCUUAGAAGCCCAACAUGAAAAAUCUAGUUGGGAAAGAGUGGCUGAACACGGAAGAGAGAAGAUGCGCAGAUGGAGGGAGGGAGGUCGCUGGGAAGGCAGAGGAAGAUGGGGUCUGGACCUUACAGGAGUGGUUCCUCAGACCAGGGGAGGAGAGAGGAGGCAGGAGAAAGGAGGGAUGGGUGCAGGCACAUGAGGAUGUACAGGUUUGGGGGCGGGGUGAUGGCAGAAAUGCCAUCAGAGUUUUCUUUUUCCGAGAAGUGGGAAACAAGAUCAGGCCUGAGAGGCAGGAGACAAAGUCCUGAGAGACCCGCGGGCUGUGUCUCCGUUUUCCGCUCUUGGCUUCGGUCUUCCCACCUGCGCCCUAAACAGCUCGAGCUAGACCCCUGGUCCCCAAACUUGUUUAAUCCUCAGGAGCUUUUCAAAAAUACACUUUUGGGGGACCCCAUCCCUGAACUGCUGGAUCAGAAUCCCGGGGGCAGAAGUGCUGGAGGCAAGAAUCUGUAUAUAUUUGAAAAGUGCCCCCGGGGGUGAUGUGGAUGCACGGCCAGGUUUGGGAAUCACCCUGCUGGGACUCUAAGGACCCCUCUAGCUCUGAGAGUUUCUGGUUCCAGCAGGAAGGUGCGGAAUUCCAGCACUGCAUUUUAUGGACGCUACAAACUACAGCAUAAGCCACAUGCUGCUUCCAGUCCAAAAGCCCAGAAGGUACCAGAACUCAAGAGGACCACAGUAAGGCAAAAUCAGAGCCCCUGCCCAUGUGGAAAGCCCACUGCGCACGUUCCGGCUCCUGAGACCGUGUUUCCAAAGCCCCAGCUUUGGGAAGAAAAGAAGAAAGAUCUGUAUUGAUUUGCACUUGGGGGAUCCUUCUCCUUCCUAAACUUCUGGGGGCAGAAAUAGUGAUUUGACCUUGGAUUGACUGUAGAAGAAGGGACAGAAAGAGCCCAGAACAUUCCCCCAGCUGUUGCCCCUGCUGCUGCCUCCACUCAGAAUGCUGAACCCAAGGGGCAUGGUCACUGCUCCCUGAAGCUCUCACUGGGCCCUUCCAGCGGGAAGAAGUGACUUGAGAUCUUGAAUUCCAGAUGUUCCAGCUCUGACUUCUCCGGGGCCCCUUGAUGGGACCAUCCGAAAGGCCAUCCACCAGCUGCACACACAAGGAAGCAGAGAUGUGGAUUGGUCCCCAGCCGGAUGAGAAGAGCAGGGGGUGGAGGCUGGGAAACAGGAGCACUGCCCCUUCGCUCCUCCCUCCAGUCCUGUCCUUCUUCCUCCUCUUGCCACUGGCCAGCGCCCUACAGCCCACUCCACUGCCCUUUCCAGAGCUAAGGCUGGUGGGGGGCCCGAGCCGCUGCCAGGGGCGCCUGGAGGUCCUGCAUGAUGGCUCCUGGGGCAGCGUCUGCGACGAUGACUGGGACGUAGUGGACGCCAAUGUGGUGUGUCGUCAGCUGGGCUGUGGCUUGGCGCUGCCGGUGCCUCGGCCCCUCGCUUUUGGCCAGGGCCGAGGCCCCAUCCUGCUGGACAACGUGGAGUGCCGAGGGCAGGAAGCUGCACUGAGCGAGUGCGGCAGCCGAGGCUGGGGCGUCCACAACUGCUUUCACUACGAGGACGUGGCCGUCCUGUGUGAUGAAUUCUUGCCCACGCAGCCCCCAACAAGGAAAGUGUUGACCAGUAAGGCACCCUCUACAAAUCCCCAGAAUGGGAAAGGUGAGGGCAGCGUGCGCCUGGUGGGGGGCGCGGGCCCGUGUCAGGGCCGAGUGGAGAUCCUCCAUGGCGGCCUGUGGGGCACCGUGUGCGACGAUGACUGGGGGCUGCCGGACGCCGCCGUGGUCUGCCGCCAGAUAGGCUGCGGGGCAGCUCUAGCCGCCACCACCAACGCCUUCUUCGGCUAUGGCACGGGGCACAUCCUGCUGGACAACGUGCACUGCGAGGGCGGAGAGACCCGCUUGGCGGCCUGCCUGAGCCUGGGCUGGGGCGUGCACAAUUGCGGCCACCACGAGGACGCCGGCGCGCUCUGCGCAGUUCUGGGGCCCCCGACUUCCACAGCACUGCCACCCUCGGCCACAAGAGAGGACUGGGCCUGGCACACAGAGCCAGAGGCUACAGGAGUUGGUGCCCUGCCUUCCAGGGAGACGGCACUGUUCACCACACCCGCCUGGGCCGCGGGGAAGAAAAGCGGGCGGCUGCGGCUGGUGGGCGGCCCGAGCCCGUGCCGCGGCCGCGUGGAGGUGAUGUACGCCGGGGGCUGGGGCACCGUGUGCGACGAUGACUGGGACUUCGCGGAUGCGCGAGUGGCCUGCCGAGAGGCGGGCUGCGGGACUGCGCUGGGCGCCACGGGCCUUGGCCACUUCGGCUACGGCCGCGGCCCUGUGCUGCUGGACAACGUGGGCUGCGCUGGCACGGAGACCCGCCUGAGUGACUGCUUCCACCUGGGCUGGGGCCAGCACAACUGCGGCCACCACGAAGAUGCCGGCGUGCUCUGCUCAGGCCCGGAGGAGCUAGGACUGCAAGUCCAGCAGGACGGUUCUGAGACCACCCAGGUGCCCACUCCUCGGCCCAGGGAUGGGCAUCUACGUCUGGCCAACGGAGCCCACCAAUGCGAGGGGCGUGUAGAGCUUUUCCUAGGGCAGCGGUGGGGCACUGUUUGCGAUGAUGCUUGGGACCUGCGGGCAGCGGGUGUCCUGUGCCGCCAGCUGGGCUGUGGCCAGGCCCUGGCAGCCCCUGGCGAGGCUCACUUUGGCCCAGGCCGAGGCCCUAUACUCCUGGACAAUGUCAAGUGUCGUGGGGACGAGAGCACCCUUCUGCUCUGCUCUCAUAUCCGCUGGGAUGCCCACAACUGUGACCACAGCGAGGAUGCCAGUGUCCAGUGCCAGCUAUUGUGACCCAGCCUGCUCUGCAGACCACCUUUUCUGGGAGCCUACUGUGGCCUGCCUCUUUUCCUCCAGGAAGCCCUCCUCCUAUGACAACUGCAGUUCACUCAGCCCUUCCCUCCCUUGCCUGGGAGAGAGGCUGCUCAGACAGCAUGGUCCUGCAUGGGGGAGCCUGGCUCUACCCCAUCCACUUACUGUGUGACCUCACCUGUCAUCAACUAUCAUGGGUCCGAUUCGAUGAAAGCUCCCACUGUCUGCUCAGCGAAAACAGAAAAUGGGGGAAGGGAAUGACUCCUAAUUCUCCUCUUUAGUGGGGCUCCUGUUACAGAAUUCCGACCCUGCCUUCCUAGACCUCGGUCCAGGAUGUUUAGGAGCUCUCUGUAAAUGGGGUAUCUCCCUUCCCCCCACCCAUUUUGGGAUCCCCAAGAAGAGGGAAGGCAGGAGAGGCCUACAGCUCUUACCUUGGACUGCCUGGGCCUGCAGAAGAACCUAGGUCGUUGCCCUGGCCUGCUCCAUGAAGGCCCAGACUCAGAUGGUGCUUGGCUGGACAAGGGGACUGGAGGGGCCAAGACAGGGACAGCGGCCCCUCCCUGCAGCUAGAACAGCAUGUCUGAUUUAUGCUGCCCCCACCACAGAGCCUCCACUUUGCGGUAGCAAAGAACCCUGGGGGCCUGUAGCCACCCGUUUAUAGGUGCCAAGUCAAUAAACCAUUGUUCCUCCUG